CCAUUGUUUACUCGCCAAAGUCUUGGCAGUCUAGAAUCCUGGACAGCAAAUUAAAGAUAGUCAAAAGGCCCAGUGCUGACCAGCUUAGUAGAUCUUGUCACAGUGCCGUAAAAUAACGAAGACUCGCCCAGAAUUCGGUCCACUGGUUGCCUACUUACUGAGCCUCAAACGUCGAUAUCCCAGAGAGGCGUCCUGCCGCCCUGUAGCUCUCAUCACUGCAGGGACCAGGAGAGGGCGUGUGGCAUCAGGCAUGAUCCAUCGAUGCUUCCCACUGUGUGCAUGCUCAUUCUCCAUUCCAAGGGCGCUCGAAGGAUCACAGAAUUCGCUACGGGUCGUCCACGGUAGAUGGGAAAACUCUCUGAGUAGUUAUUAGCUUGCUGCAUCUUCCUACAGCUGUCCUACGUCACGAUAAUUAGCUACUUAGCCUACCUCCAGCAUCCGCAUCGAUCCACGCAGCAAUGCUUUCGGACGCAAGAGACUUUCAAAUUCUUCUCAGCGAUAUCUCUUUAUUAUUGACAGCGUAUGCUCGGAAGUAUCCUAUGCCGAGUGCGCUGACAAGGUCUCAACUAGAGGAUCUGUCGAGCCACUUAUCUCGGCUGCAGGAGACACAUAGCAAAAGCGAUCUAGAACGCUAUGAUCAGUAUCUUUGUAACGAGCAUGAUAUCGGUAUAGAGGCAGAGAAUAAUGUGUAUCUGGCCAUCGAUGAGAUGCUUGACUUCUUGGGACGCGACACUGAGCAUCCACACGAUGAAGACAACUCUGCCAGUGCCGCACCCGAACACAACAUCUCUACGAAACCGUCUGAAGGCAUGGAAAAGGCCCCAUCUCGAUCAGAGGUGCAACGAUGUCCAACAACAACAACCGGCGCUUGCCCAGUCGCCUUCGCCAGUACGGAAGUCACCAAUACCACCGGAACACGACAUGGCGAACGAAAGACGUUCCUAAAGAAGCCCAGGAGUGCCAGAAUCGGGGAGAGAAAGCGUAAUGUAGCCCAUAUGUCGACCGCAUACAUAGGUCAGUCGCAUGCUAUCAGUCGUGCCGACGUUUCUACUGUCCUAAAGUUGGUCUCUUCUCCGCCCGAGAUCGAUCCGUGGAGUAUAUAUUCAGAGUUCAAGCGACAUGACGUCCGAUGCGGUACGGGCUUCGACCAUAAUCGACUUUAUCUGCUCACUAAGCUGUUCUACGCCAUUGGGAGUCCCGACGCGUUCAGCCAGUUGCGCGAUACCAGUAGCAUCCUUCGCACAAGAACCAUCAGUCUUCAUCAAUCAUCGCAAGACUUGAAUGGCACUAUCGCAGAGCUAGACCAGCUAGAAGCAUCCGUGCAUGCCAGCUCUGUGCUUCGGCGAUACCAUCUAGUUCAUCUGUACUCUCUACGUCAAAAGUUGCAGGCGCAAAGGGGACAGAACUCAAAACGUUUGCGUCCAGAUCGUGAGAUUGGCCGUACUUCUGGCCAUACUGGGUCGCAGAUUCUUGCGAAGAUCAUGGUUGAAGCCUAUCCUGACGUAAAGGCCACGAGACAAAGCCGUACCAAAGGCAAAGAUGAGUAUGGGCGUAAGCUGCAGACGCUGAAGGGACGACUACUAGCGGGGCACCGAUGGUCUACCUUGGCCCAUGCAUUUGCCCCAGGUAUUCUUGCGUUGAUGCCGACACAAGGAGACUACCAGGUCACAAACUCUGACUACGAGAAACUACCUGCACCUGCCAUUGAUAUGCUGAUUCAAGUGCUGAUUCACCAUCGGAGCUCAUUUCUACAACAAGUUAGCAAGGCUGUCUCAUCAAUUGCGUCGUCGACGUUCCUCCAAAGCCCGAAAUACUUUUUUGAAACUCAGGACAGGGAUAUGCUAAAGGUUGAGAAGUACGAUUCGGCUCGCUUGAUCGAACUGUGCUCGCAAGACACAAUGUCAGGCACGUGAGUUGCACGUGGCCUUCCAUUCAACGGAUUUUUGUUCGUCGUUUCUUGACGUCUAGCGUUGCACACUACAGCGAAGUUAUGUUGGCUGACAGAUCUUCCGAUU